AUGGAGCUAGAAGGGCGCCACUCAUCGAUACGUACCGCUCGCUUGACCACAAAAAAGGGGUGGUCGCCAACGAGCCGCAAGCGAGGCAGCCACAGAAGCGUGGUGCUUGCCUGUCUCGGGUUCUUCGAGCACCCCGACAACCCGCAGGCGGCAGGUCCGCAGACAUUCUUGACAAAGACAAACAAGCAGUUCGAACUCAGGGUAGUAAAUAUCCUCGCGCACUCUUCGGAAAAGAUGCGCCUUGGCCCGAUCCUGGCCACGUCGCAGCCCGUUCCAACUGGGCGAUCAGCACAGCCGAUAUACGACGAUUUACGGCAAACGCACCCACCCCUGGGCCCUGGCCCGCCGCCCAACCGAAAACCUGUCCGCCAGAUCUGCGUCUCUCAGAUUCCCACAUGCCUCGCCCACCGGCUCAGGGCCCAAGGGUCAGUGGGCGCUUCAACAUCACAGACUUCGAACAAGAAAUGCACUUCGUCCGAGAUCUGUCUCCCGGUUCCGACUGGAGUCAUCCACUCCGACCGUCAUGGUCUACCGGGCGGGCUGCACCAGUACUCCGAGAUCCACGGCACAUUCUUCCCCUUGUAG